GCCUUUGCGAAACCAGCCCGUACGGGUGCCGCAGCCGGCAUGGGGCAGCCGUAAAAGUCGCCAUGCGACUCCUCCUACUCAUCGCGGCGGCGCGGGCCCAACCAGAAAAGCUGCUCGAACGGGGCACCAGCCACUACAAUGCCGGCGACUCAACUAAAGCGCAGCAGGCCUUCGUGCAGCUGUCGACGGAUCAAACGGCGCCGCCGCACCUGCGCGCCCAGGCGUACCAGGGUCUCGCCGCGCUCGCGCAGCGCCGCGGCGAUCCCGUCGAAGCCGCAGCGCAAGUGGAGCAGGCCGUCGCGACGUGCGACGAUAUGAGUUGUGACGCUUCAUUAAGGGCGACCUUUUACGAAGCGCGAGGCGUUUUGAAGAGGGGCGCGGGUGAUAUGGAGGGCGCCGUCGACGCAUUUACACAGUGCGCGUCAUUGGACGCCGACCGAGCGUGCGACGCGGCCCUGGCUCGAUUAUUCCACCACAACGGGCUGAUACAGGAUGCACCUCCACGUUAUUUACGCGCCGUCGCGGCCGCCUCGUCUUCAAUGAGCUGUCGGGGCGAGGGCUGCGUGCUCCGAGUGCCUUUGUUAAAUGAUGCCGCAAUAGCGCUCGAGGCGACGGGAAAUACGCAGGCGGCCGUCGCUUUGUUGCGGGAAGCCGUCCAAUUGGAUCCAUUAAAUGAACAGAGUGUCGGGAACCUGGCGUUGUACUUGCGGGAUCUCGGCGAGGUCGCCGAGUCGCUGAAGUGGGGCCGCCGGGGUGUUGAUAUUGCACCCCAGUCAUCGGCGAUGCUGCACAACGUGGCUUUGCUGGAGCAAUGGGUUAGAAACAAGAGCGGCGCGGUGGCCUUGUGGCGGCAGGCUCGGGCGUUAAAUUCAGGCGUCUUCCAGCCCGUCGCUUCUUUAGCACACGAGGAGGGGUACCGGGGCAACCUGAGCGGCGCCGCGUUGCUCUACGAGGAGGCUUUGUUACUAGCGGAGGCGUCGGAGCAAUGGAAAGGGCACGCGGACGCUCUGAGGCUGCAGCUCGCGACGUCGCAGCUGCCCCACAUCUAUGAUGAUGCUCAGCAUGCUACCAGAUGUUGGUUCCAUUACACUGAAGGUCUGAGGGAACUGCUGAGGAGGCCUCAUCUCAAUAUAGAGGAUCCCUUGCACACGACGGGCGCGGGAGCGUUAGGUUAUUACCUGGAGUACGUCGGUCUACCGGAUCUACCACCUAGAAGAUUACUGGCCAAGACUUACUGGCGAGGUUCUCCGGAGUUGAAGUACCGGGCGACGUGGUUGCCAGCAGACGCGGACGAAGGUUAUACUCCUCCACAGAUCAGGGUAGGCUUCAUGACGGCCUUUUAUUUUCGCCACUCGGUUGGUCUGUUGACGGAGGGCGUCAUACGAACGCUUGAUAGACGAAAGUUUCGAGUCAUACUGUUAAGGAUCGAGGGCGAGCCCACCGACGACCUCACUACCUCAUUAGAGGAAGCUUGUGAUGAAUCGUAUUUAGUACCGUCUUCCACUCUACAAAAGGCUCGGCUAGUCGUCGAAAGUGCACGCAUAGACAUUUUAGUGUACGGCGAGAUUGGGAUGAACAGCAUGGCCUAUUUUCUACUGUUUUCGCGCUUGUCUAGACGGACAGCGAUCUUCUGGGGCCACGCCGUCACGUCCGGCGUCUCGCAGUUUGAUACUGUAUCGGAUGAGGCUACUGGUGGUGGCGACUAUUUCGUCUCCUCAACGUUGUUCGAGCCGAGCGACGGCGGCCAGGACGACUAUUCUGAACAAUUAUAUUUGAUGCGUAGUAUGACGACGAGGUUCCUACCGCCGGUCAAGCCCCGUCUAUCGCUAGAAAUAGAAGACGUACUACCAGGCAUUGCCGGCAUGAGACUGUACUUGGUACCUCAAACUCUAUACAAGCUGCACCCGGACUUCGAUGGGUUGCUAGCGGACAUACUACGGAAAGAUACUCACGCAAUAGUGGCCUUCCCCGAGGCCCAGCUGGGCGAAUGGACGGAAGCGCUCGAAAGGCGCUGGAACCGCACUCUUACCAAUGAUAUAAGGGAUCGGGUCCGCGUGUUCCGGAGAUUGGACUUCGACGAGUUUAUUAGGUUGGCGCAGCUUUGUGAUGUCGUGCUGGAUCCCUUUCCCGUGGGUGGUGGUAGAAGCUCGCUCGAACUCUUUUCCGUUGGAGCUCCCAUCGUCAUGCUGGAACCUCGCACAUCGAUAGUGCAGCUGACGCGCGGCAUGUAUGAAGUCAUGGGCGACCCCUGCCCGCGGUGUAUUGCUCAGACUCCUUCUGAAUUUGUGGAUAGUGCUGUAUGGGUCGCGACGAAUAGUACCAGGGAGUUGCGUUCAAUAAUUCAAGAGCGGAGCCACGUGCUCUACGACAAUGCAGAUGUGACGGCCGAGUGGGAGGUUUUUCUCGAGUUUAUUCUGAGGGAGCCGCGGCCCUCGAAGCCCCCUCGAAAAGCUAUAAUUGCCCAACAAUCACAAUGGGGCUUCGCUAAACGAUCGUUCGGCUGGGAGCUCAAAGAAUUAGAGGAGAACGAACCCUACGACGUUAAUAUAGACUGGACGACGCUGCACUUUGGAUUGAGACUGUCGCACCCGGACCCGUGGACGGGACUCACCUCAGAGUUCGUCGUCGCUGUAUAUAAAGGAGAGGAUCCCGUCGACGUGGCGGAUCGAUUGUCCUCGUACAUCGGGGCGGAGCCCGUGAAGGCGAGGUGGCUCGCGGCCGUUUUACAGAACGGCGCGCGGCAAUCAGGUAAGGUGGUCGAUGCUACGGUCUACACUUUAGAUGACGUCGCCCUCAAUAUCACCGUGAGAGAAGGUGAUGAUUUACAUCAAGUGGCGACGUGGCAUGCGGUCCGCAGCGGCUUGGGCGAUGGGCACAUCGAGGUUCUGUCAAACGCACUGCGGGAGCGCAUAUCUUCGCAUACGACGUCGGCCUGGCUUUCAGCUAGACGAAAGCGGGACCACCUAUCUCGUGGUGAUCCGUCGGCGUGCUUCUCGCGUCAUUACAAGGCGGCGUGGACCGAACCGAGCGAAUGCAGCGUAACAGUAGGCCUCACGACGUGCAAGCGCCUGCGCCAUUUUAGGUUGACGAUGCAGGGGUUAAUCAGGGUGUUCCAAGGUGAUCUGGUGGACCAUCCCCUCGUGUGUCGCGUGGUUGUUAUUGAUGACGGCUCGUCGGAAGGAGACCGCCUGGAUAUGAUGAGGGAGUUUCCCCGCGUCGACUUCGUCCUGAAAAAUAAUGAAGAACAUAAGGGCCACGCCCGGUCCAUGAAUCUGUUACUGUCGAUGGUACAGACGCCCUACCUUCUUUACAUGGAGGACGACUGGUUGGCCCUGGACCAUGUAUCGGUGACCCACGUCCUCGACGAAGCUUUAAGUGUGUUACGUGCUGCUCAUGAGGAGGAACCCGUCGUCGAGGUGUUGCUGAACGACCAGUCCUCUCGAAGUUGUGCGUACGCGGCCGAGGAGGGCUGCCCGAUGCUUGGUAAAGCGGGCUGGCCCCGCGUCACGUCAGACGGCAUUGCCUACCGCCUCCACGACUACGGGACGGUGGAGCCGGGCCACGCCUUCACGUACUGGCCGGGGUUUUCCCUGAAUCCGGCGCUCUGGGACGUCCGCCGACUGCAAUGCGCCUUCUCCGAAAGUUUUGGUGAACCACCCGUCUUCAAUUCCACGGACGCGCGCUUCGAGCAGUCCUUUUCAUUAAAGGCCUACGAUGCCGGGAUUCGCGUGGCCUAUUUGCCGCGCGUCUCCUUCGCGCACACGGGCGUGGACCAGACGGCCUACGCGCUGAACAACUUCACGCGGCCCUUCGACGGGCAGGUGGGCGGGGGGCUUAAGUAAGUAGUAUAUGUGUAUUUUGA